CCCGUGUAACUUAACAGUUUAAUGUGCGAAAAUAAAUAUAAUGUAUGUUAUUUGUUUCAACACAAUUACUUUGUACGCCAUUCAUCCAUUGAUCAUGGAUGUUAGAAAAUGAACCUAAAUGACGAUGGUCUGUGUGAAAAUCACGUUUUGACGGUCAAAGAAGGCUGUUGUCAUGGUAACAUGUCAAACGAGUUAGGCAAUGGCGAGCUUGCUUGGGGAAACUCUGUUUGAGAUCGGAGGACAAGGUCGUGCACCUAUAAAGGACUAUUUUUACUUUGAAAUAACACGGUCUGAGGUCAUUUGGAGAUGGUGGAAGAUUUCUCUGAGAUCAGAUAGCAGGAACACUAAACCAGGAGAACUGAGAGAAUCACACGAAGACUACGUAGAAGACAGACAUCUGCAAAGUCAAGUGGCCAUGGUAUUCGGUCCCCACAUCUUGCAGUACUCCAUAAAUUUAUGCCAGGGCCAAUAUGACUACCUUGUACGACUCCCAAACUCUAUACUCUUCAACAUCAUGGCAUAUUUUAACCUUGAAGACAUUUCAGGCCUUUCACACACCUGCCGUAGGUUUAGAGAGCUUUGUGACUCAGAGGAGUUCUGGGAGCAGACGGUGAGAAAUCAUUGGGGUGCUCUCACUCCUUCCGUCGAAACGUUGGCUAAGGAUGUUGGCUGGAGGACAGUUUUCUUUACCAACAAGCUGCAGCUGCAGAUGCAGAUUAGCCGACGGAAGCAGAAGGAGAAUCAGCCCUGUGAGGAUACAGAAUAACAGAGAUGCCUUUCAUUAUCUUUCUAGGAAGGUUUGAGUUGAAGACCUUGUUUUAAAUAUUUACAGUAAACCUACUUGGUCAGAGCCUUUUUUUUACUUGAUUCUGUCUUUUUAAUACUGCUUAUGUACUGUUUAGAGGUCUUUAUUUUACUUCAUUUAACAUCUGGCCAGUCACCCUGUUUUAUUUGCUUAUAUCUAGAAAGAUUUUAAACCAACAUUGUUCAUUUUGAGGAAAUAGUUUGUGGCUACUUUCUUCUACAUUUUAAUCUGGCAUUUUCUUGCACUCUGAGGGGUUGAAUUCAAUACAUAUAAAGGUGAUAUUACGCCAAAAAUAAUAUUUCCUGGAUUUAAAUAAACUCAAAUCUUCAGUAAUAUC